CUCCAACGUCUGGGUCAAGCGUCGACCUGCGUUAACAUUGAGCUUCUAGGCUACCUCCUUCAACGUCCGACUCAACUACAUGGCUCAACAUCACGGACAAGUCUACCUUGCCGUCCACGGAGGAGCAGGCUAUCAUAGCCGCGAAUCGGAGGCUCAGGUUAAACGCGCGCUGAAACGCGCAUGCACUGAAACACUGAAGUCGAUUGAUGUAUCCAUGUGUUCUGCGCUGGAUCUCGUGGAGAGGGCGGUCACGAUACUAGAAGAUGAGGACUGUCUGAACGCUGGACUCGGAUCGAACCUGACAGAGUCGGGAACAGUCGAAUGCGACGCGUCGAUCAUGGACGGCUCCACGGGGGACUUUGGCAGCGUCGGCGCGGUGAGCGGCGUGAAAAACCCCAUCCGAGCUGCGAGAGCGGUCCUGGAGCACUCGAGAGAGCCAGAUCCAUUGGGACGCAUCCGGCCCAUGACGUUAGUCGGUGCUGGAGCACACACCUUUGCGCAUUCGAGUGGCAUUGAGAUUGUCCCUCCCGAGUCCCUCAUCUCGUCUCGUGCCAAGGCAGACUGGACAAAGUGGACGAUGCGUCUCGAGCGGAGCAAAGCUGGUGGGCCCGCCGUCGAUGACUCCGAAAGCCUGCCGGAGGAAGCUAUGCAGGACACUGUUGGGGCUGUCGUGCUCGAUGCGCGGGGGAAUAUGGCUGCGUGCGUGUCAAGCGGAGGGCUGCUGCUCAAGUACUCUGGUCGCGUUGGAGAGGCAGCCAUCUUUGGUGCGGGCUGCUGGGCCCAGCAGUCCUCAGCGGGAGGGAUGGCGUGCAGUGUUUCAGGUGGCGGGGAACACAUCGCACGCUGCAGUCUUGCCCGAGCACUAGGAGAGGCGCUUCACGAUCCCUGCGACGCACACGAAGUCCUACAGGACGUAUUGACCAGAAAGUUCAGCAGACCCCUGCAGGCACGCGGCGAACGUGAUCCACAAGCUGGCAUGCUGUUGUUGACGAAGGAGGCCAGCGAAAGCGGCGAUACACGCGCACGGCUAUGGUGCGGAUUCACGACGAAGACCAUGGCAGUCGGGUACGCCACGUGGCCCGGUUCCUCGCCGAGGAUCAAGGUUUUGCGCAGGGAGACAACCUCCGCUGGCGAUGACGAGAGUCAUCUAUACAUCACUUCUCU